GUGGGGGGCGGGUGGAGGAGACAGAGUCCUCCCGAGGGAGAGGAGGCUGGAGUUUGGAAGCCACAGCGGGGCCGGGGGCGUCCAAUCCACUCACAAAGCCGACGGCCUCGACGCCCUCUCCAAGCAGGAGCAUCUCUGGUCCCGGGAAAAUGGGUCUUCCUAACAGCGGCUGGGACCCUCCCCAUCGGGCUGCUCUUACCUGGCCAGGGCUUCUUCUCGCAGCCUUCGUCCUCACCGCCGGGGUCCGGCCCGCGGAGCCUCUUACCAUCCAACCGGCCGUGGCUGUAGUCGGGGACAACGUCACUCUGACCGCCCAGGAAGACCCAAACCAAGUUGCAGUUUAUAAGUGGUACCGAGGGACCAGUUUGGAGGAAUACCUCAUCUUUGAAUACAUAACCACCUCAGACAAUCCUAGACCUGGAAACGCAUACACAGACCGCGAAUUUGUGCGUCCAAAUGGCUCCCUGCUCAUCACCAGCGUUACAGUCAAUGACACCGGUCUCUACUCUGUAGGCAUCACAUUCAAGAACUUUUCUUCUGCUUCAGGCAAAGGAGAGUUAUGGGUUUAUGAGAAGCUGUCCCCACCCCAUAUCACAACCAACAACUCUGCCCCAGUGGAGAACAAGGACUUGGUAGUACUAACAUGUGAAACCAAGAAUAAUAUAACGAUUCUAUGGUUCGUAAAUGACCAGGAAAUACUGGUCAGUGACAGACUGGAGCUGGCUGAGAAGAACAGGACCCUCACUAUAUACAAUGUCACAAGGAAGGACAGAGGACCCUAUCGGUGUGAAGUCAGAAACCCAAUUAAUUCCAAUAUGAGUGACCCAUUCUUCCUGAAUGUGACCUAUGGUCCUGAUGUCCCCUCGAUAGCCCCCUCUGACCCUCCUUCUUACAGUGCAGGGGCAAACCUCAAUCUCACCUGCUCUGCUGACUCAAACCCACCUGCACAGUUCACUUGGUAUUUCAAUGGAAGCUUGGCACAAUCCACACCAGCCCUCUUUAUCCCUAAUAUCCACGGGAAUCACUCUGGACAAUACACCUGUAAUGCCUCCAACCCAGUCACAGGUCUCCACAGCACCAAAGAUGUCACAAUCACAGUGAUUGAACUGCUAACCGAGCCAGCCCUAACUAGCAACAGAACUAACAUCACAGAGGGUGAGGGACCUGUGGCAUUUACAUGCGACACCCCUGCUCUGAACAUUUUGUGGAUUUUCAACAACAAGAACCUUACCAGCAGCAGCCAGGGGAACAAGACUCUCACUAUACUCAAUGCCACACGAAAGGACGUGGGGGAAUAUCAGUGUGAAGUCUGGAAUGCGGUCAGUAGAAACAGGAGCAACACGGUCAACCUGACCGUAUACUACGGUCCAGAUCACAUGGCUAUUACUCGAGACUCUGAAUCCAACCCUACCAACCCCAUUGUGGUCCAACAGAAUUCGUCUGUGACUCUAAACUGCCAGGCCCAGUCUCACCCGGCCCCACAGUAUCAGUGGUUUUUCAAUGAUACAAUCAACCUGGGAACCUCAGGGAGCAGUCACGUUAUCCCCCGUAUGGCCCAGAAGAAUGAGGGGACAUACACUUGCAAAGCUCAAAACAAUGUGACCAAUACAACUAAUUCCGCUUCUGUCCUGGUCAAGCUAUUGGAUCCAAACUCUCCAGGCAACGGUGGAGACUCCCAGCUCUCCUCCGGGGCAAUUGCCGGUAUCGUGAUCGGAGUCCUCGCUGGAGUGGCUCUCAUCGGAGGGCUGGCGUAUUUCCUGUUCUGCAGGAAUACUGGAGGGAAGAGCGACCAAUUCGAUCAUACCGAGCCCAGGUCCUCGGCCAACAUGAACAAUCACGGCUAUCCUGACGUCACAAAUAACAAGGUUGAGGAAGUCCCAUAUGCUGCCGUGAAAUUCAAUGUCAACGUUUUCCAGAAACCACCCUCCAAACCCCUGGCCUCUCAAACUACAGAAAUUAUCUACUCUGAAAUCAAAAAGAAGUAACGCGCACCUUUGGCAUCCUGCUCUCCUGAUAUAUUUAUUCUACUUCCCCUUACGCUCCCACCCCCAGCUCCAGGCCUGGGCAGCUCUUUUCUCACUUCAAGGAGGAACAGAGGAAGAUGUGCCUUGAUCCUUACCUCCAAUAUCAUUUGCCCCUCCAAGCUCCCUGAUCCCUCUCCUGAGAAUCGGCCCUAGGGAGUGUGGAGCCUGGGGCAACUAUCCCAGUACCAGGCCUCAGCACAAGAUGGGGGUGACUGGGGGUGAUUAAGGAAGAGAGGUUACACUUGUAAAUCUUCUCCUUCCCCCUGCCCAAAGCUCCGUGCGCUACCUCCUCUCCAUACCCAGCAGUGAGAGGCACUCUUAGGCUGCCCAGAGUCCCCUUGGGAAUGGUUGGAAAAGCCAGGCCAGAGUCCCUUGCGGGGAGACAGGAUUGAAAUCUCCCCUCUCCUCCUUCUUUCCUCUUCUUCAACCCAUUGCCUAACUGGCAGGGCUUUGCUAGCCUCAGGCCCAGCCAUCGAGGACACCUCUUUGAUCAAAAUGGGACUCUGUUGGUGUCUAGGGAAGUGGGCCAGGAUGUGAGGAAGCAAGGUGGCCCGGUGUCCUGUGUUCCCAACCACUUUCCUCUUUACCCAUGUCAUGGCAGCUCUGGGGAGUUCUGUGUCUUGGAAGGGAGGGUCCCUUCCAGAGUGCUGGGUCGGGGUAAUUGUCCCAAGUGGGACCUUACCUUAGCAAUGGUUCACAGUCAACGGGUGCAUCCAAGUACCUCGCCAAAAUCCAUCUCCCUCCUUGUUGAAAUCUAGCAUGAGAAAGGUGGAGUGAACGGCCUCUACUUUUACUGCCACACAUCUGUCCUUUCGUUCUUACCUGGAUCCUCCCCACCUCCACCCCGAUCGGUCCUAACCCGGCUCUGGUCUUGGACUUGCAUUUCUCCAUGACCCCCGGCCAGCAGAAGAGCAUUAGAAAAGGUGCAGUCUCUAUUCCCCUCCCAACCAGUGAGCGGGUCCAAAGAAAAGAGGGUGAAUCUUUUUUCUGUUCUACCCUGUUGUCUGAAUGGGAGUUGACUUUCCCAAGGUAGGGCACUGAGGCAUUAAGAAGGUUGAGUGUGAGAAAAUUAGUUCCUUUUCUGAGAGCUGAGUGAGGUGGUUGGUUGGAGUGGGGGAGGGGGAAAGGGGAACAGGGACUCGGGGGUGGGGGAGAAAUGAAUAACUUCAUCAGGAGGGCAGAGUGCAGGAAGACCAGAGGCUCGUUUUUGAGCAGGGACCGUUCCUCCCCAGUGUCAAAGUCUGACCUUCUGGACUUUAGCUGGCACUUUUCCUGUCUGGGCAGUUCCCAGGUGCAAACGCCCCAGGACUCUCACUUUUCCGUUGGGAGAGCUACCUGCUUGUGGAAAAUCAGGCCUGGAUGAGGGCACUGUUCAGUGAAAGAUUCUCAUCGCUAGGAAGCUUCAGGGAAGGGGGGAACCAGCCCCUUGCCGAGAGGAAGUUCAGGAGAGGACCUAAUGGGCAGGUUGUUAAAGUGCCAAGCUUGUGUGUUUCUCCUUUUCCCAGGCGACACUGGGGGGGGGGGGGGGGGGGUGUUGGCCCUUUUGACCUUCUGGUAUUUCUUCCUCUUUGUGCAGCAUCAGUUGACUUGCCCGCAGCUCUCCAGCCACUCCAACGUCCCUCUCACCAGCGGGGAGAAAUACUGAACUUUCUCUUGGCUCCUUCCCCUCUUACCACACUCAGUCACAGGACUCCCAAGGGCCAGCCAGGGACCCAGGGUGGGUGCUGAGGAUUCCCCCUCCCUUCCAGCCCCCCUCUGCCCCUCCCUCAAGGUCUGUCUGUUCCUCUCCCUCUUUUGGGAAGCCUCAGCCUCUGUGUGGGUGGGUUUGGUCCCUGGGAGCCCCCCGAGGGGCUGUGUUUGCACUAUCACUCACACGAGGUGGCUGGUGGAGGGGGGGAUUUCUACCCCCAGGAACUUGCACUGGUGCUCACUCCCUCCGACACACUAGGGCUGGAGGAGGCCGGGACGCCUGACCAAUCCCUCCCCCGACCGAUCAGAACGUCAGAAUUGGGAGAUAGGGGAAGAGGAGAGAAAGAGACCUCUUCUCCCAGCCCAGAGUUCUCUGACUCUGAAGUUAAUGGGUUUUUCCAAGGACCACUGUGGAGAAAGUUCUGGGGUCAAUACCAGAUCCGACACCAGACUGAGAGGCCUCUGUAGUAGGCACCCAUCAAGGGAGCCCUCUCCAUUGAAUCACCUCUCCCUUGACCGUUCCACUAUGACAUAAACUCAGGUUCUGCCUUUUCCUCGAACUUCCCCUGUGGUAUCUAAUUGUGUGUGGCCAGUGCCUCCUCUUGAUCCUAUUGGCAAAUGAAUGGUUUGUAAAAUUGAUUUGCUCUAUAUUUAUAAUAAAAUUGAAAUUUCAAACACAAACA